AUGCGUCAAGUCUCAGAAGCGAGAAAUCAAGUGUCGAACGGGAAGGCAGAGCGGAUGCAUCGGACGGUUCUUAACAUGGCUCGAUCCAUGAUUUUCGCAAGUCGCCUCCCUUUGACUUUCUGGGGCAAUGCCGUCAAAAACGCGGUAUAUAUCUUGAACCGAAGGCCGACAAGCGCAAAUCUGUGCCGCGCAUCGCCACUACAGGUACUCACGGAGGUGGCCCCUGACCUACGCGACGUAGUUGUUUUCGGCUCGACCUGCACGGCCUACCGAGACCCACGCAAGGAUUCGCUCGCGCAGAGGGCACAAGUGGGUAUCAUCGUCGGGAGAAGUGACGAGACAAAAGGGUAUCGAGUUUUUUUGCAGAAAGACAACAUCUUGGUCGUCACACAGCACGUGAAGAGCAUUGAGACGCUUAGCGACGAGCAGAACAGUCAGCUCCAGCGAGCACUCGAAUACGACGAUCAAGACGCGCCAACUGCAGCUAAGGGAACGGAGUCUGCAGCGGCGUCAACGACAUCACGCGCAACUGCAUCAGCAACGAUGCAAACAGCAACGACAGCUUUGAGCAGCGGGCGGCGAAAGACGAAGUCGUGGACGCGCUCGUCACACGGUACGCGCGGCGCGGCGAAGCGCGCGCAGAAAGCCGCGGCGCAGGAGGGGCCAGUAGGCAACACAAGCACCGUCAACCACGUGUACGAGCGUGAUCCGAAGAAUUAUGGCGAGGCGAUGCGAAGCUCGAAAAAGAUCGACUGGGAGAAAGCAAUGCGCGAAGAAUUGGAAGCGCUCGAAAGCAACGACGUCUGGCGCCUGAUUAAACGUCCAAGAGAAAGCAAUGCACUUCACACGAAGUGGGUGUACAAGACGAAGACGACUGCAGAUGGAGACGUCGAACUUUGA